ACUCAUGACCACAUAAUACUUUUGACAUAUAUAUAUGUCCAUUUACCUUUUCUAAUCUAUUUUGUUAUUGCAGUUUUAAACAUGAAAUUAGCAGUGGUAGGGGCCGGGAUAAGUGGACUGGUUUCUGCAUAUGAAUUGGCAAAAGCUGGUGUCAAAGUUGUCGUUUAUGAGAAGGAAAAUUAUAUCAGCUGCCAUGCUAAUAAGACUGUCAUCGUUGACGACAUCGAUCUAUCCCUUGAUUUUAUGAUCUUUGAUCAGGUAACUUAUCCCAACCUGAUGGAAUUUUUUGAGUUCCUAGGAGUUGAUAUGGAGAUCUCUUAUAUGUCAUUCUCAGUGAGAUUAGACCAAGGCCGUGGUUGUGAAUGGGGUACUCGAAAUGGAUUCUCUAGUUUGUUUGCACAGAAAAAGAAUGUCUUGAAUCCAUAUUUUUGGCAAAUGAUUAGAGAAAUUAUCAGAUUCAAGCAGGAUGUCAUAAGUUACCUUGAAGAACUGGAAAACAAUCCUGACAUAGAUCGCAACGAAACAUUAGGGCAAUUUAUCGAGUCACAUGUCUAUUCGGAGUUAUUUCAGAAGGCUUAUCUGGUUCCAAUUUGUGCUUCAAUUUGGUUCUGCCCCUCGGAAGGAGUAAUGGGAUAUUCUGCUUAUUCCAUUCUUUCAUUUUGUCGCGACCACCAUCUUAUGCAGCUCUUUGGUCUCCCUCAGUUGCUCACUAUAAGAAGGCAAUCACAUGCAUAUGUAAACAAGGUUAAGGAGGAGCUUGAGAAAAGAGGCUGCCAAAUAAGAACUGGUUGUGAAGUAAAUUCUGUAUCGACAAAUGAACAAGGUUGUACCAUUUAUUGCAAUGAUGGUUCCACUGAAGUAUAUGACGGAUGCAUAAUCGCUGUACAUUCACCAGAUACUCUGAAAAUGUUAGGCAAAAAGGCAACAUAUGAUGAAACAAGAAUACUGGGUGCUUUCCACUGUCUAUACAGUGAUACUUUCCUUCAUCAAGACAAAACAUUCCUGCCUCAUGACCCGGCAGCAUGGAGUGCUUGUAACUUUCUUGGAACCAUGAAUGAUAGAGGAUGUGCAACAUAUUGGCUCAAUGUAAUCCAGAAUCUUGGUGACUCAGAGCUGCCUUAUCUCGUAACCUUCGAUCCUCCUCACACACCAGAGCAUACACUGGUUAAGUGGAGAACAAUCCAUCCAGUCCCCUCAGUUGCUGCAUCAAAAGCUUCAUGUAAGCUACAUCAAAUCCAAGGGAAGAGAGGAAUAUGGUUUUGUGGAGCAUAUCAAGGCUAUGGCUUCCAUGAGAAUGGACUAAAGGCGGGUGUGAUUGCUGCAGAUGGGAUGCUUAGAAGAAAUUGUAGUAUUCUGUACAACCCCAAGUAUUUGGUACCAACCUGGCCUGAAACUGGAGCACGCCUCCUCGUUACUAGAUUUUUCAAAAGUUACAUUCAAACAGGAUGCAUAAUCGUGUUGGAAGAAGGAGGUACAAUUUUCACCUUCCAAGGAAGAGAUAGGAAAUGCUCUCUCAAAGUUUCUCUUACAGUUCGUAGUAUGCAGUUUUACUGGAAGGUUGCAACUCAAGCUGACCUAGGUCUUGCUGAUGCUUUUAUUCAUGGGGAUUUUUCUUUUGUUGAUAAGAAUGAAGGUCUUCUUAAUCUUAUCAUGAUAUUUAUUGCAAACGGAGAAUUGAAAGAAUCUGUUAAACCGACUAGCAAGAAUAGAGGCUGGUGGACACCAGUGCUUUUUACAGCAGCGCUAUCAUCUGCAAAGUACUUCUAUCGACAUGUUUCAAAUCAAAACACGCUGACUCAGGCUCGUCGAAAUAUCUCUCGCCAUUAUGACGUGAGUAAUGAACUCUUCUCACUCUUUCUGGAUGAGACAAUGACAUACUCAUGUGCAAUUUUCAAGAGUGAGGAUGAAGACCUAAAAGAUGCACAACUGAGAAAGAUUUAUGUUCUCAUUAGAAAGGCAAAAGUUAGGAAGGAACAUCACAUUUUAGAGAUCGGAUUUGGUUGGGGAAGUUUUGCGAUGGAAGUUGUCAAGCAAACAGGAUGUAAAUAUACUGGUAUAACUCUCUCCGAGCAGCAGCUGGAGUAUGCACAGUUGAGAGUUAAGCAAGCAGGACUUCAGGACCAAAUAACAUUUAUCCUAUGUGACUAUCGCCAAAUCCCAAGUAAGGACAAGUAUGACAGGAUUAUAUCAAUUGGGAUGAUAGAACAUGUUGGUCAUGAUUACAUGGAGGAAUUCUUUACUUGCUGUGAAUCUGCACUAACAGAAGAUGGACUUCUAGUUCUGCAGUUCAUUUCAAUGCCAGAUGGGAGUUAUGACGAAUAUAGGCAUAGCACGGGAUUCAUAAAAGAGUACAUAUUCCCAGGUGGAUGCUUGCCCUCACUAAGUCGAGUAACAUCAGCCAUGGCUGCUACAUCCAGACUAUGUGUAGUUCACCUGGAAGAAAUAGGAAUUCAUUACUAUCAAACACUGAGAUGUUGGCGAAAAAACUUCCAGAAAAACAAAAGCCAAAUUCAUUCUUUAGGAUUCGAUGACAAGUUCAUCAGAACAUGGGAGUACUACUUUGAUUACUGUGCUGCUGGAUUCAAAACAUGCACGAUAGGAGAUUAUCAGAUUGUAUUUUCAAGGCCAGGGAAUGUUGCAACAUUUGGUGAUCCUUACAAUGAUACUAUGCCUUCAGCUUAUUAGAGUUCCUUUGUUUGGAA